UUGAAUACUCGAGGUUAUAUUCUUCAUAAGAAUUUUGGUUGUUAGCAUUCAUCCUGAUUCCUGACUAACAACCAACGCACUCAGCGACUGCUGCGCCGACCGCCGUGGCGGCCAACACAAGCCUGGGUUCUUGCAGCUCCCUAUUCUCGUCUUCUUCUACCAUCCCAAUCCUUUUAAUCUCAAGUCAAAACUUGAAUCUGCAUCCCGCCUCCAAAAAGCCUACAGCUUUCCUACAGACAAAGAUUUCAAUCAGUAGAUGAUCCAUGGCGCUCUCCAGGCUUCGUCAUCCCAUUAUCCGUCGAGCGCCUUCCCUCAUCAGAGCUCGCCUCCUUUCGUCCUCCCUCUCUCCCUCUCUGUACAUAUACAGCAGUUCUGAGGCACUAAAUCAUAUUCCAGAAGUUACUUCCUCAAGGCCUAUACAUUUUCUUAUGUUCAAUGGAGUUGAUCACAAUUCAUCCAAGUUAAUGGUUAGACUACCAAGUGGCGUCAGAUGUUUCUCGUCAGCGGAAAAUCCUCUCCAUACUGUUUUAACAAUGCCAGCUCUAUCACCUACAAUGAAUCAAGGGAAUAUUGUUAAGUGGAGGAAGAAAGAAGGGGACAAGAUAGAAGCGGGGGAUGUCUUGUGUGAGAUAGAGACUGACAAGGCUACACUUGAGUUUGAAAGUCUUGAGGAAGGAUUUCUGGCAAAGAUACUGAUGCCUGAAGGAACAAAGGAUGUGCAUGUCGGUCAGCCCAUAGCCAUAACGGUUGAAGAUGAAGAUGAUAUACAGAAAGUACCUGCUACACUAAAAGGUGAUUCAGAAGUUGGAGAUACGGCAUCUGGGCAACUAAUGGCAGAUGCAGUUCCUGGAUCAACUACUGCAAGCAUUAACACAUCUGACCUUCCUCCACAUAUUGUUCUUGAAAUGCCAGCAUUAUCCCCAACCAUGAACCAAGGCAACAUUGUUAAGUGGAGAAAACAGGAAGGAGAAAAGAUUGAGGUUGGUGAUAUUCUAUGUGAGAUAGAAACUGACAAAGCAACCCUGGAAUUUGAAAGCCUUGAAGAAGGAUUCUUGGCCAAAAUAUUGGCCCCUGAAGGCUCAAAAGAUGUUUCUGUAGGGAUGCCUAUUGCAAUAACAGUUGAGGAUGCUGAUGAUAUUGUAGCUGUGAAGGCAUCAUCUAUCAGUGGCUAUAAGGAGGUGAAGGAAGAUAAGCCUAUCCAUCAGGACUCUACAAUUGAAGUUAGACAGCAGAAAAAAGGCUGCAACAGAAUAAGUCCUGCUGCAAAGAUGUUAAUUUCAGAACACAGGUUAGAUGCAUCAUCAAUUCCAGCUUCUGGUCCUCGUGGGACUCUAUUAAAAGGAGACGUUUUAGCUGCGAUAAAGUCUGGAAAAGGAUCUUCCCGGAUUUCCUCUGUUAAAGCGGCAAUGCCUUCAUUACCUCAGACCCACCAUCUUACUAAUUCACCAGAAUCACCAGGACAAAAAUUUGAUUUGAAGCAACCAGGUUCUUAUGAAGAUUUUCCCAACAGUCAGAUUCGCAAGGUGAUAGCAGCAAGGCUGUUGGAAUCAAAGUAUUCCACUCCUCAUUUAUAUUUAUCCACAGAUGUUAUAUUGGAUCCUCUUAUUUUCUUCAGAAAGGAGCUUAAAGAGAAGUAUGACACUAGAGUCUCAGUUAAUGAUAUUGUGAUUAAAGUUGUUGCUGUUGCUCUAAAAAAAGUUCCAGCUGCGAAUGCAUACUGGGACGCCGUAAAAGGUGAAGUGGUGUCAUGUGACUCUGUUGACAUAUCUAUUGCAGUUGCUACUGAAAAGGGAUUGAUGACUCCUAUUAUAAGGAAUGCAGAUCAGAAAUCGAUAUCUUCUAUAUCCUUAGAGGUCAAGGAACUUGCUGAAAAGGCAAGGGGCGGAAAGCUUAAACCCAAUGAAUUCCAAGGCGGCACUUUCAGCAUUUCAAACUUGGGGAUGUUUCCGGUGGACCGUUUUUGUGCAAUCAUUAACCCUCCACAGGCUGGCAUACUUGCUGUUGGUAGGGGAAAUAAAGUUGUUGAGCCUAUUGUUGGCUCCGAUGGAAUCGAAAAGCCCAGUGUUGUCACAAAAAUGAAUCUGACACUAUCUGCUGAUCAUCGCGUGUUUGAUGGGAAGGUUGGGGGGGAAUUCCUUGCAGCUCUGAACUCAAACUUCAGUGACAUUCAAAGGCUUCUUCUAUGACACAGUUCUAUUUAUUUUUUAUCACACACAAAACAAGUCCUACUUCAUUGGAUCUUAGGCGAAUCCGUUGCCUAAGGUAGUUUGUGGCGAGAUUGUCACUGGUUCAGAACAUAAAUUGUCUUUAAAAAAAUAAGCUUGAGCCUGUGCAUUGGAACCACACACAGACUUACGACCUUACUUUUGAUGUCCCAUUUUAUUUAUUUAUUUAUAUUCUUGUAUAAGGUCCAAGUUGGAGAGGCCAUUAUAAUGUUGGUAUUGACUGCACAACCAUGUUAACAAAACUGGGAAGCCAAAUAAUGAUCGGAGAUGAUAAAAACUGUGAGCCAUCCAAGAAGUUAUGAGUGAUGAUGAUAGAAUAGGGGUGAUGAAAUGUAUUAAUGUAUUAGAGAGCCAGCUCAGUUUUAUGCAUCAGUGAUCAGUAACAGAGCUGAUACAUCUUUUAGGACAACUGAUGGAACAUUAUCAGGAAAAAGAAUUACAUUUUGUUUACAAAUUACAGAUUUGCAUAUCCUCUGGUAAGGUAGCAUGUAAAGUUUUCAGUGUCUGAUAAAGAAGUGUGUCCUUAUAAUGUAUUGAUAUGAGUAUAUGGCCAAAAAUAAGUACACAAGUAUUAGAAGUUGUGAGGGUGACAAUGCUAGAUUGAGA